AUGAAGUUGCUCACCUCCACCCCAUACUAUCUUGCCGUUGUUGCAUUAUAUAUACGCAUUGCACAAUCAUUACCAUAUCUUCCAGAGGAAGCAGAGUGGAAUCUUAAUCAAAAUCAGACAGCGACGAAUCCCCUUGACUACUCAGGUCAGUGGGAUGACCACAAAUACAACCCCUCGCCAGACAACUGGAGAUUUCCCUUCUAUACGAUAUUCCUUGACAAAUUUGUCAACGGUGAUCCUAGCAACGACAACGCAAAUGGUACACAGUGGGAGCAUAUCUUGACCUCCAACGAGUUCCGUCAUGGCGGCGACGUUCUUGGGCUAGUUGAUACGUUUGAUUAUCUCCAGGGGAUGGGGAUCAAGGGCGUAUACCUCGCUGGAACACCUUAUAUCAACUUCCCUUGGGCUGCGGAUGGAUACUCCCCACUGGACCUGACUCUCCUGGACCAUCACUUCGGUACAAUCGAGAACUGGCGCACGAUGAUAUCCGAGGCGCACCGAAGGGGAAUUUAUGUUCUUUUUGACAACACCUUUGCAACGUAUGUGGAUCCAUUGUGCAACUUACGAUGUCGUAUGCUGAUCAUGGAUAGAAUGGGCGAUCUCAUCGGUUUCCAGGGCUUUUUGAACCAGUCAGCGCCGAUUAACCCCAAUGAGUACGACUACGUAUGGAAGUAUGAUCGUCGAUACUGGGACUUCCAGCCUGGAAACGAGAUUGAGGAGGAAUGUCCUUGGGAUUAUCCUCGAUUCUGGGAUGAUGACGGGACCGGCUUAACUACCACGACGCUUGGCACUGGAUGUCGCAACAGUGAAUUUGACCAGUAUGGAGAAGUUGCCGCCUUUGGAAAUUAUACCGAGUGGGAAGGGCAGAUAUCAAAAUUCGCACUCGUGCAGGAUCGUCUACGCGGAUGGCGACCGGAUGUGCUGGCCAAGAUCAAGCACUUCUCAUGUCUCACGAUCACCAUGCUUGACAUCGACGGAUACCGCGUCGAUAAAGCUCUACAAGUCACCCUCGACUCCCUUGGAGAAUGGUCCGAACAUAUGCGGGAUUGUGCCAAGUCAGUUGGAAAGGAAAACUUCUUCCUCCCCGGAGAGAUUGUCGCCGGAAACUCUUUUGGAUCGCUAUAUAUUGGUCGUGGCCAGCAGACAAAUCAAACCAAGUCAAACCUGACGGAAGCAUUCACAACGACGAACGAGACAGACAAGGCAAAUCCAGAAUUGUUCUUGAGACCUGCAGAAAGGUCCGCAUUGGACGGUGCGGCAUUCCACUACACAUUAUAUCGUGGCCUGAGCCGGUUUCUAGGUCUGGACGGUAUCUACACCGCCGAGGGUGACCCGCCCGUAAACUUUGUCGAGACCUGGAAUGAACUCGUGGCGACCAACGAUAUGAUCAACACAAACACUGGCAAGUUUGAUCCUCGUCAUCAAUUCGGUGUUACGAAUCAGGAUGUCUUCAGGUGGCCGGGAAUCAAAAACGGAACCCACAAGCAGAAUCUCGGUCUGUAUGUCGCUACACUGAUCAUGCCGGGAAUCCCCAUGCUCGCCUGGGGCGAGGAGCAGGAGUUCUACGUACUGGACAACCAGGCUGAUAAUUAUGUUUUUGGCCGUGCGCCCAUGUCGUCCGCGCAGGCGUGGCAAAUGCAUGGAUGUUACAAGUUGGGGACAUCGAAAUACGUUGAUUUUCCACUCGAACGGUCCCUGACUGGAUGUGAGGAUGAUUCUGUCAGUCUCGACCACCGCGAUCCUUCUCACCCAUUGCGAGGUAUUCUCAAGAUGAUGUUCGAGAUGCGUGAGAACUAUCCUGCUCUCAAUGAUGGCUGGUACCUGCAACAAUUGUCAAAUCACACAUUCGACGUCUACCUUCCCGGCAGUAAUGGGACACCGACAGAGACUGGAAUGUGGAGUGUCAUGAGAUCACGUUUUGUGGAUCUGCAGAACUUUGAUGGCCAAGGACAAGGAAAUCAAAGCGUCUGGCUGGUAUAUUCAAAUGACAACAAAACAGUGGAGCACCAGUUCAACUGCAGCAGUAAGGAUGCUUUCAUCUCGCCAUUUCCCGCGGGAACAACGGUCAAGAACCUUUUCCCACCGUUCGAGGAAUUCACCCUGGUCAACAGUUCGGUCAACCUUGGAUUCGAAGGGUCUCGCAUUCCCAAUGGAUGUUAUUCCAACUUCACUAUGCCGGCUUGGGGCUUCAAAGCUUUUGUUCCGAAGAAGACAUUUAUGAAGCCGUCCCCAUAUAUAACGAACUUUUCCCCGGGGCAUGAUGCUCGACUUGUACCACAGGGAACAAGUGGAGAUACGAUACGCAUUGGAUUCGAAUUCUCACAGGAAAUGGAUUGUGCGGAUAUCACCAACUCGUUGAAGAUCACGUCCAAAGCGCUUGACGAUAAGAUCCCGGAGAUUGACACGACGUCGAUCUCUUGCAAAUCCAUUGACGAGAUUGACGUUGUGAAAUGGCCGGGCGCACACACCAGCGUCUUCAAGUAUGAGGCCGAUCUGAGUAAUGUCUUUCCAGGAAUUCAUAAACUCACCCUUGACAACGUGACUACAGCAGAUGGCAAUCAGACCACAGGGGUAAGUACAUUCCUCGUUCUGAAGAGAAACCACGAUGCUAACCUAUUUGGGCAGUCUGUUGAUCACUUCCUUUUCCGAAUCGGGCAAAUCAAUAAUCCGAUGGUCUGGCCACAGCUGGCCAAUUACAGUAGAACACUGCUGUUUGACAACCCAUCGUCUGAGACUGAUGUCUUGUCAGUGAGGCCUCAAGCCCCGGGUGCAGAUCUGUGGCGAUAUUCACUGGACUUUGGAGCUUCAUUCAGUCCCUGGAUUGCAUACACCGGCUUCAACACGACAAUCCCGGGAAAGAACUGGACCGGUACUGCCAAACAGGCAUGGGAUGGAGAACACAUCAUUGCUCAAUACUGGAGCAAGUUGUCUGGAAGCAGUGCUCACUGGCAGCAUGGCGACACGCAAUGGGCAUACAAGCCCCCACGUCGCUUCCCAAACCUCUUCAUUGCAGGCGAGUUCAACCAGUUUGGAUAUGACGCUGGCUAUUCCAACAAAAUGGCCCUCAGCAACACCACUGGCUUGUGGGAAAUUCACUUCAUGGGCGAAUGGCCCGUGCAAGUUGCAUUCAACGCUUGGGGAUUGAAUGAAAACGGCCUCCCCGAUCAAACACAGGUGUUCGGCGACAUCGAUGGUGACAAUGUUCUGGAUCAAGUUCCCCCGAUCACGCUGCUGAGCAAUGUGUUCAACGUCACUAUUCCACCACCCUCGCCAUAUCUUGCCUUCAAGCUGUCGGUGGGAGAUGGUGAUCUCAAGGUCUAUGCUACGCCCACUGGAUCAAGAUGGGUCCAGCUGGCCAUUUUCAUUAUACUGGCAAUUGUGCCUGUAACCACAGCUAUCAGUGCGGUGUAUGUUUACCUGAAAGCGUUUGCUCAGGUCAAAUUCAAUCAGAUCGGUGUCACCGAGAAGAGAUCUACCUUCGCUCCAUUGGUCAGCGUCUUUCACAAGGUGGCCGAUCGAUCGAAUGACAGAGAUUCCAAUGCCGGACUUGCUCUGACCAACGUGGGACCGUUCCCAUCCGAGACUGCAGGUGUCGCCGGUGCCAUUGUGAACAGUCACCGACGAACGGUGUUGAUUGCUACGAUGGAGUACGAUAUUGAAGACUGGGCUAUUAAGAUCAAAAUCGGUGGACUGGGCGUGAUGGCCCAGCUUCUGGGGAAACACCUUUCCCAGCAGGAUCUUAUAUGGGUGGUACCUUGUGUUGGAGGUGUUGACUACCCCAGGGACGACCCUGGUGAGCCGAUGGUAAUCACCGUUCUUGGUAAUGACUACCAAGUGGAUGUCCAGUAUCAUCGACUGCGGAACAUCACGUACGUCUUGUUAGACGCGCCUGUGUUCCGGGCUCAGACCAAAUCAGAGCCGUAUCCUGCUCGCAUGGAUGACCUGGACUCGGCUAUCUUCUAUUCUAGUUGGAAUCAGUGUAUCGCUGAAGCUAUCAGGAGAUUCCCGGCAAUCGACCUCUAUCACAUCAAUGACUACCACGGUGCCGCUGCACCUCUCUAUCUUCUCCCUCGCACGAUUCCGUGCUGCCUGUCUCUGCACAAUGCUGAAUUCCAAGGACUCUGGCCAAUGAAAACCCAAAAGCAAAACCAGGAGGUUUGCAGAGUGUUCAACCUCGAUUACGCAUUGGUUAAGAAGUAUGUGCAAUUUGGUGAAGUUUUCAAUCUUCUCCAUGCAGGUGCCAACUACCUGAAAAUUCAUCAAAAUGGAUUCGGUGCUGUCGGUGUCUCCAAAAAAUAUGGCAAGAGAUCCUACGCCAGAUACCCUAUUUUUUGGGGCCUGAAGAACAUCGAAGCGCUGCCAAACCCCGAUCCAUCUGACCUUGCCGACUGGGAUCAUAACACAAGCAACGAUCUCGAAGAUGUUGUCAUCGAUACCGAAUUUGAAGCAGGACGUGUUGCAUUCAAGAAGCAAGCACAAGAAUGGGCAGGGCUUAAUGUUGACCCAGAGGCCCAGCUCUUCGUUUUCGUCGGUCGCUGGUCCAUGCAAAAAGGCGUUGAUCUGAUUGCAGACAUCUUCCCAUCCAUUCUAGACGCCCAUCCAGAGGUUCAGCUGAUGUGCAUUGGCCCAGUGAUUGAUCUUCAUGGAAGGUUUGCCGCGUUGAAACUAAAUCGACUAAUGACACUCUACCCUGGGCGAGUGUAUUCCAAGCCAGAAUUCACUGCGUUGCCACCCUUCAUCUUCACUGGCGCUGAGUUUGCCUUGAUACCUUCACGUGAUGAACCGUUCGGCUUGGUGGCCGUGGAAUUUGGACGAAAAGGAGCGUUGGGCGUGGGAUCACGUGUUGGUGGCCUAGGACAGAUGCCAGGAUGGUGGUUCACGAUUGAAUCCAUGACAACCAAACAUCUUAUCCAACAGUUCAAGAUGGCUAUCAACGAUGCUCUGAAAUCAUCCCAAGAGACACGAGCGCUAAUGCGUGCACGAUCCAGCAAGCAACGUUUCCCUGUCGCCCAGUGGGCCGAAGAUCUAGAAAUCCUUCAAACCACCUCAAUCGAGAAGCACGCCAAGCAUUCCAAACGCAGCGAUCGCGGCUCAUGGAGAAUUUCCCAUGGCAGCACCCUCGUCCCAGAAAGCAUUCGAAAUGUCUCAUCGGGCUCAAGUAACAGCCGCGAACAGAGCCGAUCACGAGGCUCCACUGUGUCUGUCCCGCCAAGCGGGGCGAUCACGCCCGAUGCAAGAAUGUCUGUACCUCGACCAGGAUUUGAAAAUGUUCUCACGCCUACAAAUUUGUCUUUCAGUCUAAAUAUGUCCGACGAGCCUGAAUCUGACACCGACACAAGACGCAGACCCUUGUCAUCUAACCCUCCUGCAAAUGCAGAUUCAAGAAUUGUUUACUCUCCGGCAAGUGAUGGGGACGUUCUCGAGCCCAAUCCUAGGGCGGUGCACGAUUACUUCAGUAAUCGCCCAUCCCCACUUGGUACACCUACUGCUUACUUUGGCCGAUCUGGUGCCAGCACGCCAGUUCUCGGUCUAUCGGCAGAAGACGGUUUGCUGGGCCGAAGAGACGCAAGGGCGUCCAUGAUGAGUCUGGUCAGCGUCGAUGGUAUCGUCAAAGAGAAACAAGACUACAAUCUGCAAAAGGUCGAUCCAUUCUUCACGGACUCGAACAACGAAUAUGCGGAUAAGUUUGAAAGGAAGCUUGCGGGUCUGACUGGCAAAAACUCCGAAGACCAGCUCUGCAUUGAGGAAUUCCUUGAGAAGAGUCAAAAGGACUGGUUCAAUCGAUACCGCGAAGUCAAACUUGGCAAGUCCUAUUCGCCGUCUCCUGCUUCUUCUGUCUUCCGCUUCAAGAUUCGUGAGCCUCGACCAGAGAGCCCAGAAGUUGCCAGCUCAGAAACAGAUCCGAAUGCUGGGCAAUUCCUUCUCCCAAGUAACUACGUUCCACCCACGGGCUUGAAGCGUUUCAUGUUGAUGAAACUGGGUGAUUGGCCUGUAUACUCCCUCUUCCUUGCUUUUGGUCAAAUUCUCGCAUUGAACUCAUACCAGAUCACACUCCUCAAUGGUGAGAUUGGAGAGACAGCUGAAAAGCUUUACGUUCUGGCCUCCAUCUAUCUUGCCUCUUCGAUCAUAUGGUGGAUGGUCUUCCGUCUGGUCCCCUCAGUCUAUGUGCUGUCAACUCCUUUCUUCCUCUACGGGCUUGCCUUUUUGUUUGUAGGUCUUGCCGGUCCCAUCAGCAACACCCUGAGUCGGACAUGGCUACAAAACGUGGGAACUGGACUGUACUCGUUCGCAUCUUCGAGUGGCUCAAUUUUCUUCUCCCUCAACUUUGGAGAUGAGGGUGGAGCGCCUCUGAAGUCUUGGAUUUUCAGAGCCACAGUCAUCCAGGGCUCUCAGCAAUUGGUGAUCAGUUUCCUUUGGUACUGGGGUAGCUGGAUGUCAUCUCUCAACCAACAGGGCAGCACACAGUUCAGCCUGAUCGCAACCGAUCCAAGCACCUUGCUCGGGAUCGGAAUCGGACUUGCCGCUUUUCUGUGGAUUGUCGGUGCGAUGGUUCUAUUUGGGCUUCCUGGAUAUUACAGACAGGCACCAGGUCAAGUGCCGACAUUCUACCUAUCUCUCUUCCGCCGUCGCAUUAUUCUGUGGUUUUUCUACAUGGUCUUCAUCUCGAACUACUGGCUAUCGGCGCCAUAUGGACGAAACUGGCUCUAUCUCUGGUCCAGCAAACAUGCAGAAGUGUGGCAGAUUGUGCUUCUCGUCCUCUUCUUCUUUAUCAUAGUCUGGGCGGGAGCUCUCUGGGUCUUCCACACCUUCUCCAAGCGGCAUGCCUGGUUCAUUCCGAUAUUUGCCGUCGGUCUUGGUGCUCCUCGAUGGGCUCAGAUGUUGUGGGGAACCUCAAAUAUUGCCACUUACAUCCCCUGGGCCGGUGGCCCUGUAGCCGGAGCUAUCCUUGGAAGAGCACUGUGGCUCUGGCUAGGUGUUUUGGAUUCCCUCCAAGGUGUCGGAUUUGGAAUGAUCCUCCUCCACACAAUGACCCGAUUCCAUGUCACCUUCACACUUCUAGCUGCGCAAGUGGUCGGCUCUGUUGCCACUAUUCUCGCCCGUGCGACAGCGCCGAACAAGCUAGGCCCUGGUGACGUUUUCCCUGAUUUCUCCGCGGGAAUCAUGGCCGGCCUAGCAAAGGCCGACUUCUGGGUUUGUUUGCUUUUCAUGAUAUCCAUCAACGUACUCUGCAUCUUCUUCUAUCGCAAGGAACAACUGUCUAAGCCUUGA